AUGGCUCUCGAACAAUCUUUGGCUGCGCUCUCCAUCGCCGCCGUGGCUGCUGAGUCGGCCAUCCCAACGAAAACCCUUGUGCUCAAGCCAAAGACUGCUAAGCUGGCUACUCCUGUUCCUGUGGUUGUGUUUGCUUUGCAGGCUACUCCAACUCCUAAUGCUACUAUCGCUAAAGCCGCUGGCGUCAAGGAACCUCGUAUGGCCAAUAACGACUUGAUCGCUGAGUUCUUCAACACCACCGCCAAGGAGGUUUCCGUGGCUAACUUGUCUAAGGAUUUGGCUGGUAAGGUGAAGUUGGUUUUGGAUGCUGGUAUCGCUCACGCGUCCGACCAGGUUAAGCUUGAGUUGAGCACUGAGUCCGCCAGAGUCUCUGUCUCGUCCAAGGACAUCAAUGCCUACUUGGAGUCUACCGGUAUCGAGAUUAUUACCGUGGACUUCCUCUCUGAAGCUACUGCUCUGCCAGCUGCUGCUCCUGUGGCCACUGCCACGUCUAGAAAGGAGGUUUUGAAGAGAGAAAAGGAGGCUGCCAAGUUGGAGGAUGCCAAGUUGAUUGGUAUCACCGUGGACAAGUCUAAGGACUUUUCUUCUUGGUACUCUCAGAUUGUUACUAAAGGUGAGAUGUUGGACUACUACGACGUCUCGGGUUGUUACAUUUUGCGUCCAAACUCCUACUUCGUUUGGGAGGAGAUUCAGAACUGGUUCAACGGUAACAUCAAGAAGCUUGGUGUUAAGAACGCCUACUUCCCUAUGUUCGUCUCUUCCAAGGUUCUUGAGAGAGAGAAGGACCAUAUUGAGGGCUUCGCUCCUGAAGUCGCUUGGGUCACUCGUGCUGGUUCCUCUGAAUUGGAGGAGCACAUUGCCAUCAGACCUACCUCAGAGACUGUCAUGUACCCAUACUACGCUAAGUGGAUCCGUUCCCACCGUGACUUGCCUUUGAGAUUGAACCAGUGGAACUCUGUUGUCCGUUGGGAGUUCAAGCACCCUCAGCCAUUCUUGAGAACCAGAGAGUUCUUGUGGCAGGAAGGUCACACCGCUCAUUUGACCCAGGAGGGUGCUACUGAGGAAGUUGACCAGAUCUUGGAGCUUUACAAGCGUAUCUACGAGGAAUUGUUGGCUGUUCCAGUCAUCAAGGGUAAGAAGACUGAGAACGAAAAGUUUGCUGGUGCCAACUACACCACUACCGUUGAAGGUUUCAUUGCUGCCACUGGUAGAGGUAUCCAGGGUGCCACUUCUCACCACUUGGGUACCAACUUCUCCAAGAUGUUCAACAUUUCCGUGGAAAACCCAGAGGGCCCAGACAAGCCCCGUGUUAAUGCAUUCCAGAACUCUUGGGGUUUGUCCACUAGAGUCAUUGGUGUCAUGAUUAUGACUCACUCUGACAAUAGAGGUUUGGUCUUGCCACCAAGAGUGGCCCAGACCCAGGUCGUUGUUGUUCCUGUUGGUUUGACCACCAAGUCCACCAAGGAGCAGCGUGAGACCAUCAACAAGGGCGCCAAGGACAUUGAGCAGAAAUUGUUCGACGCCGACGUUCGUGUUACUGGUGACUACAGAGACAAUUACUCACCAGGUUGGAAGUUUGCCGACUGGGAGUUGAAGGGUGUGCCAUUGCGUAUUGAGUUUGGUCCAAAGGACCAAGCAGCAGGUCAGGUUCUUGCUGUCAGACGUGAUACUGGUGCCAAGUUCACCGUUAAGUUGGACGAAUUGGAAACUAGAGUUCCAGAAAUCUUGGAGAUCAUCCAAAAAGACUUGUUGGAGAAGGCUCGCAAGGACUUUGACGACCAUCGUGUGGUUGUUGAGGACUGGAAAGACUUCGUUCCUACCUUGAACAACAAGAACGUCAUUUUGUCUCCUUGGUGUGGUGUCCCUGAGUGUGAGGACGACAUCAAGGAUUCUUCUGCAUCGACCGGGGAGGACGAGGAGCAAGACGAGAGAGCACCAUCAAUGGGUGCCAAGUCCUUGUGUAUCCCUGGUCACCAGCCUCCUUUGAAGCCAGGACAAAAGUGUGUCAGAUGCACACGUAAGGCUGUCACUUACUGCAUGUUUGGUAGGUCUUACUAA